AUGGCAAGCGUCUUCCUUUUGGCACAGUAUGGCGAGAAUUGUGACACCGCCUGCGAGUGUGCCGGCUAUGGUGGGUGUGAUGCACCGCUGCUUGAAUCGCUGAACACCUCGGCAGCGUUUUUUGCAGCCGUGGCGGAAUAUGAUCCGAGCAUCAGUUGCACUCUAGGGAAUCAGGGCGGGGCCAGAGGCUAUGGUGGAGCACCGUUCUACAAGCCGAAAACUCCCACCGAAAGCUGCUAUUUCUGGAACGGCGGCGCUGGCACGAUGGACUGCUCGCUCCCACCUGCAUAUGGCGAUUUCCUUCCAUUCUGCGCUUGCACGGGCACAACGACGACAACGACCUCUGUCGCUGGUGGCGCGUGGAUCCUGGGUGGGGUCGGUGAAACCUGCAAUGAUGCUUGUGCGGAUCGUGGCUAUGGUCUAUGCGGUGAGGACCAGAUGGCUUACAUCACCAACUACUGCAGAUUUUCCGAGGUCAUGGAGAGAGAGCUCCAUCGCAGCUGUCGUGCACCAAACCGGCAGCCCUCAGCAGUUCAGCCCCCCAUAAACAACGCCAACACUCCGUUCUACAGGAUCGGGGACAACACGUGCAGAUUCCUGGAGGGUGAGGCUGUCGACUGCACAACCACCCCAACGGGGUAUGGGCAGACUAGGUCCCUUUGCUAUUGUCUUCCGCCGCCCUAG